CCCGCAGGGCUGCCGCCAUGGCAAUCGACCACCACGCGUCCUCCGUGUGACCACGCGUGCGAUGGACUUUGUCCGAAAGGUCUUGGACUGCCAGGGAGAUGACUGGCAUCAGUUGCGGUCCUUGACGCAGCAGUAUCUGAAGCAAGCAGGCACAGCAACGAGGCCUCCGCAGCAGAUCAGUUCCUUGACGCGACGACUGCUGAAAGUCUGGACGCCCUUGGCGUUGCUCCGACAGAGGCAGGCGCUCUCUUCCCGAUUAGCCUUGACAGCACUUGCAGAGGAACUGGAUGAUGAUUUUUGCAUCUAUGGCAUCAUGACAGCCCAUUUCUGGCGUUGCUUCGAUCAAGAUCUCAGCAGCCCGUCCUGGGUCGAACAAUGCCUGCAGCGCUUGACCAGAGGGCCGCUGCUGAACAUGGACACCAGAGAAGAUUGGGGGCCUCUGGAGUUUUCACAGAGUUCCAGUUGGCCUUUGCAUCUACUGGACCUUCGUUUGGUCCAGGAUCAGUGGCAACUCUGCCGUCUCCAGGGGCUCUCCUUCGAGGCCUGUCCCAGUCCCUCAGUGCCCGCGCUGCGGCACACGCUGCGGAUGGCUGCUGCACGGCCGGCGGAGCCUUCGAAGCCUUCGGAGGCGGUGCGGCAACAGCUGGUGGCGCAGGGGCAGCAGGUGCAGCUGGCGAUGAAGGAGGUGCAGCUGGUUCUGAUUGGCUCCCACAUGGGAAGCAACAUGGAGCCUCUCUCCAUGGUAGAGGCCUGCUUCGGACAACAGGGUGUCGUCCUAAAGACCACUGUCUUGGGGACGACCUAUCCCUUUCCUGAAAUUAUGUGCGAAUCCUUUGGGCACUGUGCAACAAACUCCUUCAUCGAUGAUGCAGUUCGCUUGCUCGUACAGCAGAUGUACCGCCCCUCAUGGGAACCGGUGCAUUUGUUGAAUCUCUUGACGCAGGGACUAGAGGAUCCAGCCCUGCGGAAUGCCGAGCUUUUCGUUUGUGCCCAGCCCAUGGCACUCUGUUCCUUCCUACGGAGUCUGGUGGAUCAACCCAUGCUGCUCUAUCAGGCCUUCCCUUUGGUUGGUGCAACGCCAGUUGCGUUCCGUCAUUUGCUCCUGGUGCAGCUCAGUGAAGUCCAGAAGUCCAAUCCGCAUCGCUCCGUGCUGGUGGCAUACUCCGAAUUCUUGGCACGGCAGGUGCAGCGGCAGACGAACCAACGUCCCUUGUGCUUGCGGCCUCACUCCCUCUAUGCCUACCGCGACGGCGGCCGCUACCUGCCAGACACAGCGCAUCCCCGGAUCCUGCUGGGGCGCAUGGCCGGAUGGGCGCGGAACAGCGCUGGAGCGUUUGUACGGCUGGUGGAAGCUUUCGCAGAAGACAUGCUGCGUCCUGGGCCCUUGCGCCUGGUCUUUCUGGGUCUCAACCGUCCCAGCAGUGACACCGUGGCCGGCCUCAGUCGACCCUUCGGGUACCACGAGCUUCGGCGCUUCCGUGGGGCAGUGUACUUUCCCUGGGACAUGGGUAUGCUGCUCUUUAGUGAAUUGUACUCCAUCGGUGUGCCCCUCUUCCUCCCCGACCGUGCAUGGAUCUCCUCCAUCAUCAAGCGAAUGUUGGAGUACACCGACUUCGGCUGGUGGCAAGCGCGGGCGGAAGGUUCCGCCGUGUCUCUGGCGCCUGAUUCUGGACGGCUGUGGCCUUGGUUUUCCGAGAACUCCACGAUGCAAGAAAUUUUGGAGUUAUACGACUUGACCGACUUUGUUCGAUGGCCCUACGUGACCAGCUUCGGAAGCUUGUCGCAGCUCAUGGAGGCCUUGAGCCAGGCUGACUUUGAUGCCAUCAGCACAUCGAUGCUGCGAUGGAACGAUGCAAGUUUGCCUCUGUCCAUGAGCAUCCUGUCCAAGACAUUGGCUGCGUUGCUGGGUAACCAAACUCCGCCAAUGCCAGACGAAUCCAGUUGCGUUUAGAAAA